UUGAUCUGAUUAUUUCCUUUUUUCUCCAAACACAAAACGUUUACUUUUAAACUCACACGCCCAAAUUGUUAACUCCCUUGUUAUCAUUAUUAUUUUUAGGCACCUAAUUAAACCGCCCGAUUCUUGGCCAAUCCCCCACUGUGGGUAUGUGCCACGACCACUAAGGACAACAACAACAACAACACAUUACGCUGCUCCACAAAUUCCAUCGCUGACGCUUCCUCGUUGGAUAUACCGGCUUGUGCCCAUUUCCUUGCAAACACGACAAAACUAUGGAGUUAAGGCCGUACAAGAUGAGCAAGAGGUCGAGCCUUGGUGACCAGACCACAGAAGGGUGGGUACGGCCAUACAAGAUGAGGAAGAGGUCGAGCCUUGGCGAGGAGAUCCCAGAAGAGUGGGACCACCAGCACAAUCCUGGCUGGGUCAGGUUGGCGCUCUUUUGCGUGUUUGGCUUGCUGCCGGUGAUCUGCUGCGGCAUUCUCCUGACCAUACUCCUGCUGUCCAGUCAGAUUUCACACGACGACACCAACGCGCCCAUAGAGGAAACAAUAGGCCCCCUGCUUGUCACAGGGGUUUCAUCCCGGAUACUGCGCCCUACGUUGGUCCAGUGCAGACAAACCCAACAUCUUCGACCCAAACCUAGUUCCAUGUCUCCGCAGCCUACGACGACCGCUCCUGCACCGCCUGGGGACGACCACGUCAAAAACCCCGUGUGCAGUGCCAUCGACUGCCACUUCGUGGCGCAGUGGCUCCGAUCAAAGCUGGACUCUAACGUGGACCCGUGCCAAGAUUUCUACCGCUACGUGUGUGGCACCUUCUCGUUAUACAACGAGUUUGCUAACGUACGUAAAGAAAAGGUGCAGUGUCUGUCGGUUAAGGCCUUUACUUGGUGGACAAUUCGUCGAGUCACUAUCGACCGAGCCCGGAGGUCUCGGGGCAGUGACUAUUUUGUUCGCUUUUUGGCACUCCACACCGCCCUCACAAGCAUGUGGUCCACCUUGUUUUCCAAGUACACCAACAACACCUACAACGGCAACAACACGAUUGUGUACCAGCAGUACAUCCUGAACGUUCUCGUAAAACUCAUCAAGCUUAGUGCUGUGGGUUCCGAGGGAUUUCGGCACCUGAUCACCUGGAGUAUGUUCCGGCAGCUGGUGCGCUACACGGAGCCAAAGUUCUUGCUGGAGAAAAAGAACGGGAGCGAAGCCUGCUACAGUAACGUCCUCCAGGCAAUGAAGCUGGCGGUCGUGAGCCCUUUCCUACGGUCAACUUCUUUCCCUGACGUGCUCUUGGAUCGAUUCUUCACCUCGUGGAGGACGGCGCUCUCGUUUUCACGUCGCCAAAUGUGGGCCGACCAAUCGACCUGGCUGUACGACGAGGCAGACGUGAACGCGCACUACACAGUGCAUUUAAACGCCAUUAUCGUGCCGACAGCGAUAUUGCAGCGACCCUUCUUUUACUACGGUUUUCCGGCCGCCCUCAACUACGGUGGCAUUGGCACGGUAAUGGGCCACAAAAUAAUGCACGGUUACGACAUAUUGAGGCGGUUGCCUCGGCUGGAGAUGGUUGACGACACGCUGGACUCGGAGAACUUGGCCGACUUCGUGGGCACCGUGAACACGUACGCGGCCUAUGCUUCGUUGCCCCGUCAGGAGCACAACAUGUUGCUUCCCGGUCUCAACAUGACGGCUGAGCGCCUCUUCUUCAUCAAUACAUGCGUCAAGUGGUGCGAUGACGAGGCCUUAACGGGAGGGCGGUACUCGCCGAGUCGUUCCCGCUGCCUCGUACCACUGGUGCACAUGCCCCAAUUCUCGGCCGCGUUCGCCUGCGCUCCAGAGACGCCCAUGAACGCGCAGGAAAAGUGCAGUUUUUGGUAG